AUGAUUAUUCCUGUUCGUUGCUUUUCAUGUGGAAAGGUUGUUGGAGAUCUUUGGGAGCGCUACCUACAACUACUUGACGAGGGUAUUCCGGAUGGUGACGCUAUGGAUCAGCUGGGUUGCAAGCGAUACUGUUGCCGCAGAAUGAUCAUGACACAUGUUGAUUUAAUUGAGAAGCUUCUUCGCUAUAAUCCAGCAGAAAGAGAUCGGGCGAAGUCACAGAUAUGA